CAAAACUGUAGGUCGGCUUCGGCUUUUCAACACGACCUAUGACCUGUAUGUAUGUAAGAUAGGCAUGAAACUGUCGGAGUUAGGUUCCGACGCAGGACCUAGUUCAACAGGCCAUGCAAAGAACACAGGUUCCAGAGUCGAAACCCCUUCUCUCUUCUCAAAUUAAUUGAAGCAAUAUUGCAGUACAAUCGCCAUGGCAUCCCUACAUAUUGCAGUUUUGUUUGGUAACGAAGAGUUGACCCGGUCCCUUCUUGAAGAAGGCUACGAUGUCAACGCGUACGACAAGCGGCUUGGAACGCCGCUAUCAAUAGCGAUAGUAAAGGGUUAUAGGUCAAUCGUCAGGCUUCUUUCUGAGAACGGCGCGGAUCACAACGAUGAGCGGUUCACAUCUGCCCUUAUUGAUUCAAGAAUUGACGAGUUCAACGUGCCUAUCAACAUUUUCAACCCGCACAAUAAGGAUAAACCUCUAACGUCCACGUUACAAGACCGUUCAGAAAGUCCACUUCACGUUUCCCAACCCAACGCAGAGGAGGACAGAGAAACAGAUUCUAUAAGCGAAGCAAGCAUUACAUGGAAUACGGGUCAAGACUUAAACAUAGGCGCAAGGUCUAAAAUUAAGUUGUUGUUCCGGAAUGGGUCUGAAUGGGAAGAAGCUCCCGCUGAUGAAGCGACACCCUUAACUGGCGGCUUGGUUCCCGUCGAAAGUACCUACGCUGACUAUGCUGUUGUGCAGUACAUGAAUCGCGACGAUGGAAAAGGAGGAUGGUUCACUUCCAAAGUCGAUAUCAAUGGCUCUAAGCUUUGUGGUUUCCUUUCGCGGGUCUUGGAGAAUUACCCCGAAGCCGGCAUCGGCCAGACCAGAACGACUUUACAUCCCGAUAUUGUGGGAAGACUGGACCCUGACCUCAUAGGACUGUUCCAUCGGAUGGAGCGCUACGUUAAGCUCUGCGAAAACGAAAGUGAUGACGAAACAAAAGAAAAAGCCAAACUCUUGCUCCAAAUGUUGAAAGUAAUAUGGCAUCCUCUACAGUAUGCCGUGAAUGAAUCCGAAGCCACCGGCCUCAUGAAAUGGGAUCACUUGUGGGCAAUAUACCGACCUGGCGAUAUAGCAAUUUACAAAGACAAUGACGAAUGGUCGGCCGCCAAGAUCCUUGAAGUCGAAGUAAUCCCAGAGAGCUGGAAUCACCCACCCUAUUACAAAGUGACGGUCAAAGUGGUAGAUUGGAACGGUUCCUACAGUGGCUAUAAAAGAGAGGCUUACAUGAUCCGAAAGUACGACGGAUCUAAGAAGGUGGUUGAUCUCGAGAUUCAUCCACUUUCUUACGAGCCCGACCCCAAAAAGGUCAAAGAGAGAUUAGUCAAAAGGGGCCAGAAAUUCCAGAGUCUCAGAGGAUGCUUUUUUAGGACCAGGGAGGAUUUCAAUGUGACCCGAAGAGUUAUAAUUGAUAAUUACGCCUAUCAUAAAUUCGAGACAGGCCAUGUUCCCACAUAUACAAAGCUGAGCGGCCAGUCACCAACCGACGAAGACAGUUCAGAUUCUGAGGAUCAUGUUGAAGUUGGAACACGGGGGCUGUCUGACUUACCUUCCCAUAUAACGAGGGCUUCACCAACUCAAAGCGAACGCAACGAAGAUCUUACGCCGCUUACGGAUGAUGAAUGCUUCCUCUGCGUACCUACGAUGAAGGGCUUCGAUGUGCAGGAGAAAAAGUGGCACGAUAUACAAGUCGAUUGUCUCGAAAGUAUUACGUGGAAUGACGAGGCGUUCAAUCACCUCGCCAUACAGGACAAUCGAAAGCGACUGAUCUUAGCUUUUGCGAAGCAAAAGCAAAUUGAAAAUACGGAGUUUGAUGACUUCAUUGCCCGGAAAGGGAAAAGUUUCAUUAUCCUCCUCUGCGGACCUCCAGGAAUAGGAAAAACUCUAACAGCAGAGUCAGUGGCGGAGCGGACUCGAGCUCCCUUAUAUACUCUUAGUGCCGGUGAUCUGGGUACCGAAGCAAGCAGCGUUGAAGGUUCUCUGAAAAAAGCCUUGGACAUGUGCUCACUUUGGAAGGCAGUCAUGCUUAUUGACGAAGCUGAUGUCUUCCUCGAAGCUCGUAAGACAGACAACUUAGAACGCAAUGGACUUGUUUCAGUAUUCCUUCGCCUGCUCGAAUACUACAAAGGAAUUCUGUUCCUAACAACAAACCGAGUAUCGACGAUUGAUGCGGCAUUUGAGUCUAGGAUCGAUCUCAUCCUCCCUUACGAUGAAUUAGAUCAGGCAGCACGACGCCAGGUCUGGACCAAUUUGGCCAACCUGCUAAUUGAUGGGAGCCAUGAGCUUAGCGGCGCUGAUUUCGACGAGCUCAGUCAACAAAAGCUGAACGGCCGUCAAAUCAAGAACACGGUCAAAACGGCUCUUAUGUUAGCCAACAGUGAAGGAGAGAAGUUGAAGAUGGAACAUUUGAAGAUUGUCUUGGAAGUUCGACAGCAGGCGGCAGAAUACUUGCAUAGUAACCAGUAAAUAUUACCAUGUAGUCCAAUUGACCUACAAUCGACCUGCGAUUGAUUUGUUGUGUAA